AAGGAGCCGCGGCGCGGGGCGGUGCGCACCACUGAGCCGGCGGCUCCCGCGGGCGAGGCGGGACGGGCCCGGCCGUCCGUCCUGACGGCACCGGCACCAACACCGACCUGCCCGGCACCGGCACCGGCACCGGCACCGACCUGCCUGGCGUCCAAGAUGUCCUUGAAGGUGCAGACGAGCAACAUCACCAACAAGAACGACCCCAAGUCCAUCAACUCGCGGGUGUUCAUCGGCAACCUGAACACGGCGGUGGUGAAGAAGGCCGAUGUGGAGACCAUCUUCGCCAAGUACGGCCGCGUGGUGGGCUGCUCCGUGCACAAGGGCUACGCCUUCGUGCAGUACUCCAACGAGCGGCACUGCAGCGGCUACGACUUCGAUUAUGACUAUUACAGAGACGAUUUCUACGACAGGAUCUUCGAUUACCGGGGCCGGGUGUCGCCGGUGCCGCGGGUGGUGCCGGUGAAGCGGCCGCGGGUCACCAUCCCCCUGGUGCGGCGCGUCAAGGCCGCGCUCCCCGUCAAGCUCUUCGCCAGGUCAGGCGGCAUCGGAAACAGCUCAGCCAAGAUCAAGUUGAAGAGCAGCGAGCUGCAGACAAUCAAAACUGAGCUGACGCAGAUCAAAUCCAACAUUGAUGCYCUCCUGGGCCGGCUGGAGCAGAUUGCUGAGGAACAGAAGCUGUCUGCAGAGGCGCGGAAGAAGGCGGAGAGCAGCAAGAGCGAGGUGUCCCAGGAGGACACAGCGUCCGAGGCCGAGGCCAACACCGAGGAGCCGCUCAACGGGGACGAGGGGGAGGAGGAGGGGCUCGCACGGGACGAGGGUGAAGAUGAACUGGAGAACAGCCAUUACACAGAUGUGGAGGAUGCCAGACUACAGUAACCAGCCCACCCAGAGCAGCUGUGAGCAACAGUGUGAGGAGAGCACGAGGCUAAAACCCCGUCCUGGCACGUUGAGCAAGACAAGCUGAAUGGAAGUGCUGCUGUCAUCUCUACCUGGCAUUCAAAGGAGAAACGUGGCCCGACAUCUUCCAUCCAUCUGUAAAGCAAAGGCAAAGAAAACUCAUCCUCCCAGCRGAUCCCCACCACCCCUGCCAUGGAUUCGGAGCUCUGCAGCAAGCAGAGGCAGGAGCCAGACCUGCACAACCCAGGGCCACCAGGGAGAGAGCCACCAGGAGAGCAGGUGUGUCCCCAGGGGAGCCAGAGGUGUUCCAGAGUUGCUUGCAGGAGAGCAGGGAGAACUCAGCCCAACCCAAAAAGACAUUUUUCCUGUGCGAGGUGAGAGCCAGAGCAUUUCCUAACUGAGGGAAAAGUACUGUCUCGGUUUGGACAAUCUGUGUUCUUGUGCUGAAGAUGCAGUUGAGUCAGAGGUGUGGGGUGAGCUGUCCUCCAGAGCAGCCACCUCCUGUCACAUCUCUUGUGCUCCAUGAGCUGCUGUGUGUCCAUGGUCACUUCCAGGCAGAAAGGAGUCGGUGCUGGAGCAGGUGCUGUGCUGUGAAAAGCUGCUUGAAGAGGGAAGGGCAGAGGAAGCUGCAGGAAAGCAAGUGAUGCCAAGCAGGAGAAACCAAGCACACACCCCCUCACCAGUUUGGUGUCCUCAUUCUCCACCGUGUAAGGGCUGAGCAAGUCUCUGCAGAGUGAGGGGUGUGAGCAGGCACCUUUCCUUGGACCAGCUGCUCCCUGGAAAGGAUGUGGGGCACCCACUCCUGCAGCCUGGAGCCAGAGACAUCAGCCCCUUCAUCGCCUGGCUGCCCACACCUCCUCCUGCCCCAGCCCAGAGAGCAGUGCUGCAGCUCCUGCUCCUGCCUGAGCUCCAGCACCAGGCGACAGCGUGCCAGGGCCUGGCACAGGAAUCCCCCAAGCACGGUGCAUGUGGGUGUGCCAGCACCUCCCCUGCUUUCCAGAUCCCAGCUGCUUUUGCUCCCUGCCCCGUGCUGUGAGCAGAGGGUUCAGUGUGGGACCCCUGCACGYAAGAGGCCUCAGCCCUUCUCCUUGUUCCUCCCUCUGGGGUUUGUCCCAUUUUCCUGGGGUAAUGGGACUGAAACUCACMCAGCACUUUAUUCAGACCUGGUGUGUCCUGCCCACCCCGUUCCCCUCCAGAACACACACACAGCAGUGCUUGGAGCCCAGACCAGUGUCCCCGCCUUCCCUUGGCCAAUCCCUCCCACACAGCACCUGGCCCCAGCUGGUCCCGAGUGCUCCGACCUCAUCCGYGGCAUCUCUUGGAAUGGUGAAGGGCAAAGCAGCUCCGGGGGUGACACUCCCCUGCCCCUGGGGCCAUCCUGGAGCACGCAUGGCUCUYGAAGCACAGUAUUUUCUUUGCAUUUCUUUGGGCUGUCUGAGGAGGGUUUGAGGGAGAGCCGUGCUGCCCCCUUGGCCGGUUCCUGUGCUCUGCCUGCACGGUGUUGUCCUGAGCCGUUGUAGAGCUUUCUCCAGGCCUGGAGAGAUGAGCUGCAGGUUUGGCUAUGAACUGACGGUGACGCUGAUGUUUGGGAGAGAGGUGACCUUGUACAUACAAUCCUGUAUAAUAAAAGAAAGAAACCUAAUUUGCUGCCCCUCU